CUAUCUGUCUCUCUCCCCUUUACACCCACGAGUACUUAUAAUUUUAUUUCAAAGAAUCUAAAACUAUCAAACAUUAAAAUGAAAUUCUUGUGCCUUUCCCUCUUGACGGCUACCGUUUCGGCCUUUGCCCCUGCCAGUCUGAGUCCCCGUGCAGCCACCCAGCUUUACGGAGAAUACGGAGCUUCUUCUACUUCGUUCUACACCACCACCGAAAAGCAGGACUCUUAUGCCAGUUUGGAUGAUGUCUUGUCCGAGAAGUGCAAGGACGAGAAGGUCAAGCAGUGCAUUGUCGAUAUGUUGGAUGUCUGCGCCGACAUCACCGAGGCUCUCCGAACUGCCCUUGUCACCGUCGAGGACACCUCCAACGAAUUCGGAGACACACAGCUUUCUGUUGACGUGAGUAAACACUAGUCGUCGGAUUGAACAGCCACACAUCCCAGACGUAGGUCGCUUUGAGUUGGCGUUUCUUACUUCCUAGAACAGAGUACCGAGUUCUUUUCUCACCAAAACCUGUCUUGGUAUGAUUUUUCCUUUUUUGUAACUCUUUGACAAAAAUAACCUUGACAACCGACCAAUCAAUCGAUUGCCUCCAACGAACGCGUAGAUGGUUGCCGAUGCUCUUAUCUGGGAAGCCGUAAAGAAAUCCUCUGUCGUCCGUGAGGGUGCCUCCGAGGAAGACCCUAUCGUUCGCGACGUCGACGAGGGUGGCGAGGGUGAAUUCACCGUUUGCUGGGAUCCUUUGGAUGGAUCCUCCAUUGUUGACAACAACUGGGCCGUUGGUACCAUCAUGGGAAUCUGGCCCAAGAGCACCGGUCUUUUGGGAGCCAAGGGAAGUGACCAGGUCACCUCCCUUGUUGCCCUUUACGGCCCCCGUACCACCGUCUUGGUCGCCCUCGACGACGGUACCUACGAAUUCUCGUACGGCUGCACCCCCGAGGGAUGCCAGCUCCCCGACGGAUCCUGGGAACCAUGGAUCUGCUCCAAGAGCAAGGUCUCCAUCAGCGAGGACGCCAAGAUCUUCUCCCCUGCCAACCUCCGUGCCGCCCAAGAAGUUCCCGGAUACAAGAAGUACGUCGACCGCUUCAUGGACGAGCGAUACACCCUCCGAUACUCUGGAGGUCUUGUCCCCGAUGUCUACCAGCAAUUCACCAAGGGACAGGGAGUCUUCUCCAACCCUACCUCCGAGAAGUCCCCCGCCAAGCUCCGAUUGGCCUUUGAGGCCGCUCCUUUUGGACUCCUUGUCGAAAAGGCCGGAGGUCUUACGUCCGACGGUAUCACCGGAGGAUCCAUCUUGGAUGUCGAAAUUACCGGUGUCGAUCAACGCACUCCUCUGUGCAUUGGAUCCGCCGAGGAAGUCAAGCGAUUCAACGAAUACCUCGAGCUCAACUAAGUUGUCGUUUUGAUUCUGCUGAAACCUCUGCUAAUAACCAUAGAGUCAGGGU